GUCCCCCGAGGAUGCAACAUAAAUGGUUGCCUCCCGAGAACUGUCGCAACAGCUCACCAUAGCCAUUUUGGCUCAAGGCUCGAACCUUUUCGCUUCACCUGCUCACGAAUCAUCUGGGCUUUCAGCUGCGUUCCCCUCGCUCACGAUGACGGUGACGAUGGGAGAGAAUGGUCCUGUGGCUUCCAAGUUCUGCAGCGCACAGUCUGGCAUCGUGUGGCUCGGUCCUUUGCAUUGUGCAUUCUGGAUGCGAGCAGCUGCGAAGCAUCUGCAGUCAAGCCCAUCAUAUCAUGGAGAGCGUCAUCCACGACACCCACUCAGUGGUCUAUGAUCAUAGUUGCGUCGAAGGGCCGUCGAAAUCUGCAACGCUCUCCAGAUAUAGCUACUUGCAGAGCUCUGAUGGGCGGCUCUUGGUGUCGCUGGCUUCUUGCAAUGGAGUUGUUGGUCUUGGGUUCGCUACGAACAAGAAGUACCGCCUGCAGGCCGCGAAGCUCAGCCUCGCCAUCGCCUCUGCGAUUCUUCGGGGACGCGAGGCUGUGCCCGGUCUGGAGCAGGUGGCUCACCUGCUGCAGGCCGCCCGGACGCGCGAGCUUUCGAGGAACGAGGCCGAUUGUCGCCCUGCGCCAGGAUGCGUCCACGAAGAAGAUCGUCAUCGGAUGAAGACCACCUCUGUCCUGGGCCUUGGCGCCCCGACCCUCGACGUCUCGGUCGGCGGGGGCGCAGCGGCCCCGCCUUCUCCGGACGCCCUGCGCGAGCACAGGGGGCUGCAGAGCCCCCUGAGCUGCAGCCGAGAGGAGAACCCGUGGGCGCAGAUGACCGACGAGCCUCACGAGACCGCGUGCCCAGUGCCCUCGGUCUGCUCGCCGCCGGCUCAUGCGACCGCGUGCCCACCCCCCUCGAUCUGCCCACCGUUGGCUCCGCUCCAGGAGAGGCCGACCACCCAGGGCGAGGGGAGCCCCAGAGCAGAGGGCAGGCCGGGGCGAUCCUGCGCCGCAGCGGCGCCGGCCGAGGCCUGCGGCCUCCCCUGGUCGCUGCUGUGGCUGCAGGCAGGCGCCGCCCGCCCGCCGCCGCCGUCGCCGCCCCCGCCGGCCUCCGAGCACGCGCCCCUGCCGGCCUCUGGGCGGGCGCCCGAGGGUGGCGGGCGCAGCAGCUCCUCGCCCUCCAGCGCGCCGGGCUCCGCUCGGGGCGCCGAGCCCGCGGGCGAGGCCCGCGCGGCCAGCGCCGACGCGGGCGGCGACGCCGCGGGCGACGCUGGGGUCGAGCUCAGGGGUCUGGACGUCUGGUGCCCCACGGCCUUCCAGCUUGCCGACCGGGCAGACGAGGACCCCACGAUAAUCUUCCACGAGGGCUCCCAGAUCGAGGGCCCGUUCGUCGCCUUCGGCGACGUCGUGUGCAGCGAGCGUUACAUUCUGUGGCAGGCGCACAUCUGUAACCGUGAGUUCCGGAGGGCCCCCGUCGAUUUCAAGAAGUUCUGGGAAUUCCCACACAUGACGCUCGCGAAGCUCGAGAUCGGGAGCGCAGAGAGACGUGCUAAUCGUUCCACGUGGAUCGUCGACCUGGAAGAUGGCCCGGAGACGUACGAUCUGGCGGAUCUGCUGCGUGACUUGAACGAGCUGCUCGGGCGCGAUACCACCGUCUACCGCCUCCACGCCGGCCACCUGUCGGCCGAUUACUGGGGCUUGCGCUACAACAUCUCAGGCGGCCCCGCACAUGUGGCUUUCCGCAGGGUGCAGGCCAUCCUGCGUGACCGCCUUGCGCUGCUCGGGGACCGCGUGUCGUUCUGGGCGGACGAGCCCGCCCUGCCGCACGUCACGUUCGAGUACCCCGAGAGAGUAGAGGUGACGGAGGCCUCGGAGCUGCCGAGGGCCUGCGAGGCGGCGGAGGAGGAGUCCGCCGACACCUUCAGCAAGCACUCCUCGCUCGAUGAGAUGCUGGAUAGGCUCGACAAGCUCCAGCUUGGACGCUUCAAGCCGCUCUUCAAGCGCGAGCGGUUGUCCAUGAGCGUGCUUCCUCUCCUCGGACACCAGGAGCUGAAGGACGCGGGCGUGCUGAAGCUCGGGGACAGGACAAAGCUCAUGGAGCUCGGGCGCGAGAUCUUUGGCAGCGCUGGCGCUUGAGUAAUUCGUUUUUUUUGUGUUCUGCGUCGAGGCGCGGCCAGUGCGAUUGUGGUCAGGACCUGUUCUUCGGCAGUGAUGCCUUCCUCCGGCUUCCCAAGCGAUGGGCCGGUGCUGCGCGGCCUGAUGCAUCGUAACAGUCAUUGCGGCUUCUCUCGAACUCAGUGCAGGCGUGCUGUCGCGACUCGUGCAGGCGGAGCUAAGCCUCCCCCUGUGCUGCUCUCAUUCCAACAGGUGGUGCACCACCGCUGAAUUGCGAAGUGCUCUGAUAAUAGCUCGGACCAGCCACUGCGUGCCCCUUUCGGGGCAGGCUCUUUUCCAGACUUACUUCGCCUGGCACAGAAGAAUUCGUGAAGAUCCCAUAAUCCAGCGCCUAGAAGCGUCUUGUGGCUUAGCUAUCACAGGGUCGCGAAAUAUUGCGCUGCGUGCUGUACUCACCGGCCUUAUGGUUGCGAUGAACCGAUCUUUAGAAAUGCUGGCCAUUUGCAAUUCAAAAUAUAGACCCCCUCCUGCUGCACUUUGCUUGCCAUGCAAGUGUAGGACUGGCUUUCCCUAGCGAGCGUGUCUUGCCUGUCGAGCGCUCGGGGGAAGAGGCGUCGGCGGAGG